GGAUGAGAUCCGGCCGGACAGGUAGAUGGCCUCUGAGGGAAUCACAAUCCUUAUACCAGUCGGAUGGCGUCUAGUUGUAAGCUGCACAAUUGAAGCUUUUGUCACCGGCAUCUAUUUGGCUCUCCAUACCUUCACACGAUCAGGCCAAUCUUAUCAUAACUAGACCUACAAGAUGGAAUCCACCGAAGCUCGCAGGCAGCCAGCCAAGGAGGUGGCCGAGGAAGAUCACAAGAACCGUGGCGAUGAGCUUGUUGUCGAAAAACAAAAUGCCCAUGACGAUUUGGCCAUCGAUACCGUCGAAGCGGUCUAUGAGUACUCCGACGCAUAUAUGAGGAGGUUACUCUGGAAGAUUGAUCUCUGGCUACUACCAGUCAUGUGGCUGUGUUACGGAACACAACAAGCGGAUAAGACGUCUCUAAGCGUUCAGGCAAUCUUCGGAAUUCGUGAGGAUACAGGGCUAGUGGGGGAACAGUACAACUGGCUAAGCACUAUCUUCUAUCUCUCCUACAUGGCCUGCGAGUUUCCAGGCAAUUGGUUGAUGCAAAAAUGCAACACAUCAAAAUUCCUAGCGGCUGUCAUGUUCCUAUGGGGCAUCGUGGUUCUUUGCAUCGCUUUCGCCAGGAACUGGACCCAUCUGAUGAUACUGCGCUUCUUGCAAGGAGCUUUGGAGUGUACUAUCUCGCCUACAUUCAUGCUUUUGACGGGAAGUUGGUACACUUCACAAGAACAUACACUGCGUUCGAUUAUAUGGGGUACCUCUAAUGCCGGUAUGAAUAUAAUUAGCGGUCUUAUCAACUAUGGUAUUGGGGCCCAUGCUCAAAGCCAUCCCGGUGGCUUGGCCCCAUGGAAGGGCAUCUCUUUCUUCCUUGGUGCCCUCACCAUCUUCGAUGCCAUCCUCGUAUACUUCGUCUUAGGAACACCACGUGAAGUCCGAUGGCUCACAGAGGAUGAGAAGCGCGCUGCAGUGGCUCGGGUUGUAGCCAAUCAGACUGGAUCAGAUCGCAGUAAGCAUGAUAAGUUCAAGUGGGAGCAGGUCUGGAGCACAUUCCGUGAUCCGCAAACAUACUUCUUCUUUUUUGUCACCAUUGUAAACGCUCUCCCGAAUGGUGCAAACACGACUUUCUCAAAACUGAUCUGGAAGUCGUUCGGCUUCUCUGAUUUGGAUACUCUUCUGAAAGGAUCAACACCAUACUAUGCUGUCAGCAUCUGCUGGUUCCUCUUAGUUGGGUACGUCACAUUGAAAAAGCCAAAUUUGAGAUUCAUUAUGAUGAUGUUUUCCCUGCUGCCGGCUUUCUCAGGAAUGCUCGCUCUUGCUUUGCUCCCCACCAAUGGAAUGCUCUGGACAAGAUGGGGCAUGUACAUCCUGCAAGUCCCAGGAACUUUGCCUGGCCUGAUGAUCUGGACUUUCCUCCCCUCCAAUGUGGCUGGUAGAACCAAGAAGACUGUCAUGGCAACCAUCCUUUUCAUUGCUUACUGUGUUGGCAACGCAGUGGGUGCGCAGAUGUUCAUCGCGUCGGACGCUCCCAAGUACAUCAAGGGUAUCACAGCAUGCGGCAUUUUGUACGGCGUGGAGUUUGUGUUAAUGGGCUGUUGGAGAUACUACUAUAUUUGGGAGAACAAAAGACGGGCGAAUAUAAUCUUUGAGCAGGGUGUUUCUGAAGAGGAGAGCGAGCGAUUGGGUCGCUUGAAUGCUGAAGCUGACAUGACUGAUCGGGAGAACAUUCACUUCAAGUAUCGGUAUUAG